UGAUUCUCAAGGUAGUUCUGAUGGUGGUUCAUGCUGACGCAGCUCUGGCUGCGGGUGACUCCGAAAUCUUCAAAGCCAAUGAUUCCUCGAGAGAGACUCUUACUAUAGAAGAAGCGAUUGAUCGUGUUGUUGUCAAAGUGACUUUGAAAAUGGUGUUGAUAUUUGGUGCUGCGUGCUUAACGAUCGUUAACACUGGUUCUGCUACGUACUUGACAGUUUUCACCGGCCACAUCCCUUACAACGAAUGGACUUGUCUGUCUAAAACAUGUUCUAAUCUCCUGAUAUCAGCUGGGUCUUCUGAAGACUUCUACUCUUACGAAAACAUGUGCAAAAAUGAUUUAGUCGCAGGAUCAGACUUCAAGUGGACAUCGAAGAUGAAAACCUUUUCCAUGGAAUGGGACUUUUACUGUAAAAAUGAAGCUAAGUUGUCUGUGUUAUCCAGUGUAUUCUUUAUAGGCACAUUUCUCGGUCUUAUUUGCUCUACUGGUUUGUAUGAGAGGCUAGGCCGAAAGAGAGGAGCAACAAUAGGCAGCUUUAUGGUAUUGGUUGCCGUUUCUGUCAGUUCUGUCGCUAACAAUUAUUUGGUCUUGCUUCUCCUCCGUCUGAUAUACGGAUUAGGGCAAAGUAUUACUUACAUGGGAUCGUACUGUUGGAUUGUUGAACUGGCACCUACAUAUCUGAGAAACCAUAUCAGUAAUCUCUACACUCUUGGGUGGUCUGUUGGGGUUUUUGCGCUGAUUGGAAUCAGCUACUUUAUUCAUCAGUGGCAAUAUGUUUAUGUAGCUGUUGCCUGCGUGAAUGCUGUUGCAAUUCUUCCCUUCUUUUUACUUCCUCUCCCUGAGUCCCCGAGGUUCUCCUUGAUGAAGGGUAGAGAGGAAGAAGCGAAGAAAACUCUACGGCUACUGGCCAAAAUGAAUGGCAGCAAAGUCUCCCUUGACAAUGUUGAUUUGGUUUAUGAAGAGAGGAAUCAGUCCUACCUACAGCAGGUCAAAGAUUUCAAAUACCACCCAACUAUGCUAAAGGAGACUCUCAUCGGAAUGAUUGCUUGGUUCAGUGCUGCCGUGGUUUCUUACAGUUAUCAGUUUGGAUGGAGCAAGAUGGGCAAUGAUCUGCACAGUAUCUACUGUUUUUCAUCUCUGGGUGAGGGGAUAUCUUUUGUAAUCUGUGUUCCCUGCUGCCAAUAUCUCGGACGUAAAAGGGCUACACUCUUCUUCUUUGCACUGGUUAUUGUCAUGAAUGCGAUCGCCUCGCUGGACAUCAAGUUCACCCAUGAUUGGAGUCUAGAAACAUUGGCCAGCAUUAUUGGAAGCAUGGGAUCUGGAGCUGCUUUCAUCAUGAUGUACUUGUAUUCUGGAGAAUUAGCUCCGACAUCACACCGGGGCAUGAUAAUGUGUCUCUGCUCCAGCUGUGCCAGGAUAGGCAGCUUCAUUGGUCCCUACAUUAACUUGCUGUAUGGGCUGACAGACAGGAGGGUGCCUUUAGCCCUGUUUGCGGGUUUAUCUUUGCUGGCAUGUGUGGCGGUCUGGUUCCUUCCUGACACCACGGGAAGAUCUGUUCCUGAAACUCCUGGAGAUGUUGAUAUAUUAUCAAGGAAGAAGAAGCUAGAAGGACAGGACGAGGAUAAAGAAGCGAAACACGUAGUGGUUAACAAACUCAAUAGCUGUGAACAAAAAUAGACUUUCUUUGUUUAUCUUAAAAUAUAAUCGUAUGUUUCAUUAAACCAAACGAUCAUUUCAAUCUAUUUAAUCGAUUUGAGCCAGUACGAUACUUGAUAGUAUUCUGGAGGUUAUUUAAAAGGCUAAUGAACAGCUUCAUACUUUAUAUAAUUUAAUUUAGGUCGUUGAGCCAGCCGGGACCGCUUAUCGCUAUCAGUUAUCAUUAGAUUGCAGUCUAAUCCAUUAUCUCGGAUGGAUUAUGGUUGCAAAUUUUCGAAUUUAUCCCCUGAUUUCUAAACACCAAUAUAAUUUACUAAAAAGCUGAGGUAUUGCUAAAUUACUUUUUCCGAAUAUUAUUUUUACUUGAUACCGAAUUAUUGAGUGAUAACUAACAAUAAUGUAACGUGAAUCGUGAAUUAUUGCAACCGUUCUCAGCUCAGUAAUGGAUUUAACAUUGAUUGAAAUCAAGGCAAGAAAAUGUUCUUUCUUGAAACUUACAUGUAGACUGUAAAGACACUCGCAUGCAUAAAAAUAUUUUUCCCGGUUUGAAUUGUUUUAAAGUGUUCAUUUCCUCAUGCUAGAACAUUAAGCAAUUUAAAGUCUGUGGUAGCAUUUGACAGAUAGUUAAGAAGA